CUCGGGUGCCAGUCGAAUGUAACCUUCAUCCACUCGCUUUCCGGGGUAGAAAUUGGCAUGCCCAAAACUAUUAGACUCGAUGGAGGAAAUAGAAGGCGACCUAAUGCGGAAUUGGACACUUUUACGACGCCUCAUCUACCUAGGUAUCCAUACAACUCCACACUUAUAUCAGAGAGAGGGGGCACCGAGUUAUCACUAUGUAUAUGAUGAUACAAUGGCUUGACUUCGGCCUUAGCUGUUCGAUGUUACCUUGUGGUGUUUGAAAUCUACAUAGAUAUAUACUGCCCUCUUCAUCUUUCUUAUAUCGAGCUUAGUUGGAAACAAUUUAUUCAAGCUCUAGUUGAAGCAAAGAGAUUGGACAGCUAACACACCAAACCUGAAUAAACCACAGGGCCAAUAUACCAAUAAAUAAUGGGGUUCUCAGAGGAAGCAAUUAGUGAACUCCGCUCUAUCAUAGAGCAGAGUAUUAUCAGCGGCGGCGAGUCAACCGCGUCUACCGUCCCCGGGACAGUCGCUGUUGUUGUAGACCGAGACGGGAACGAACUAUUUGCCCAUUCGGCUGGCAAGCGAGGCAUUGUAUCCAAUGAAGCCAUGACGCUGGACAACGUAUUCUACCUAGCGAGCUGCACCAAACUAAUUGCAGGGCUUGCCUGUAUGCAACUUGUCGAAAAAGGCGAACUGAAAUUAGACGACGCGGCGCAAGUCGAAGAGCUAUGUCCAGAGCUAAAAGAUAUCAAAGUUCUCAAGGACGACGGAACUUUCGAAGAGAAGAAAAAAGGAAUUACCUUAAAAAUGCUGUUAACUCAUACCUCGGGUUUUUCGUACUCGUUCUUCAACGAGACGUUGAGGGAUUGGAGUCUUCCUAUCGGCAUUGAUGAGUUUUCUGGCGAUAUUAAGGAUAUCCUGAAGAUCCCGCUGCGAUUUCAGCCAGGCGAGAAAUGGGAAUACGGGAUUGGUAUCGACUGGGCCGGAAUCGUUCUGCAAAGGAAGACUGGAUUGACCCUGAAUGAGUACAUUCAAAAGAACAUCUGCCAACCACUUGGUCUGGGGAACGUUAACAUGAUACCGACGCAAUCUAUGAAAGACAACCUAGCUUAUAUGCACCAAAGACUGCACGACGGCAAGCUCAUUCCUCGAGACCACCUGCUCCGGCGACCCCUGCUCGUUUCAACCCCCCAAGAGAUCGCCGACACGUUCAACAGCGGCGGAGCCGGUCUCUUCGCCAAGCCCCAGGAAUACACCCGCGUCCUAGCAGUCCUCCUCAACGACGGAACCUGCCCCAAGACGGGCGCCAAGAUCCUCGAGAAAGCCACCGUCGAGCAGAUGUUCACGAACCAGAUCCCGCAGUUCCCCGACUUCGGGCGGCAGGGCAUCGCGGCAGCGAAGCCGCACCUGACAAACGCGGGCGCGGAGCUGUACCCGGUCCCCGGAAACGCGCCGCAGGGCUGGGGCUUGACGUUCAUGCUGAGCGGCGCCAGCCCGGCGACGGGCAGGUCGGCUAAGACUGCCUUCUGGGCCGGGCUGCCGAAUCUGUACUGGUGGGCGGACCGCGAGCAUGAUGUCGCGGGCAUGGUGUGCACGCAGAUUAUGCCGGCUUUUGACCCGGCGGUCCUUGGCCUGUGGUUCCAGCUCGAGGCCGCUGUGUAUAAGCAUUUGAAGCUGGCUAAAGCAUAGUAGUCAAUGGGAAUUAUCUGCGGCGGGGUUGUUAGGGUUGGAGCUCUAAGUUCCAUAAGCUCUGGGUAGGAACUAGUCGCCCGAGGGAGGGACUUAAAAAUAGGGGGAGCGUAUAAAGUAGGGUUAUAUAACUCACUUUAUGUUAUGUACCCAAGGUCUCGCCUAAAGGGUCUUGAUGCCAGCUUAUGAAGUUCAUAUAUAUACCUAUAUAAUGCCAUCUCCAAAUGAGCUCAGUGAUUUAGACUAGAAGUUGACUAAAUCAACCAGCUUAACUGGCGUGGAUGCUUUCUUAUACUAAAUAGAGCACUUUCACGUGUGAACUCGGCGAAUAGUCCCUAGAUUAUAGCGCAUAGAUUUGA